AAUUCUAUAAUUGCGCAUUUACCAACGUCUCUCAACUACAAUUAGAAUACCAACGAUCCAGGAUUUCACACGGGUGAAACCCAACGAACUUUGUGAAACUUGUAUAGCUUUUUACAAAUAGUGACAAUAAAUAUACGAAGUUUUUAUAACUUAGUGUCGUGUGUCUUCAAUUGCACCUCACUACACCAAUCCCAAUUUUUCCGACGCCCGACCACCCAAAACAACGUUCCUCAACUAAACAUUGGUCCUUCGAGCCGGAUCGUGCGGUAAAAAACAGUGAAAAAUUGUGAAAGUGUGGUGAAAAUUCAACGGAAAACCAAAAAGGACGCCAAGUCCUAUAGUGAAAUCAACGACCCGUGGAAUAUUCUGGAACAUUCCAACGAUAAUCCAACGAGAACAAUAAGUGUUUAUUGCCCUUGACCCUUUGUAUUCAGUGUUUACAUUCCAUCGGGUCUCAAAUUUCCCUGACCGCACGUGCGACAAUUCGGGAAUGCUCGGCCCACUUCGCUCAACUUCGCCAGCAGUCCCCCACUUACUGGGACUGUGCUCAACGAGUGAGGUCGCACCCCACUCAACGUCAACUCAACGGUCGGUACAGCGCAGCGGUCGGUAACGUAGCUAUAUUAGUUACCAACAUAGCAGAUGAUGGAGAGUAUGAGUCAACCCAACAUAUCGAAACCAACGUCGAGAUCAACCCAGUACCUCCAAUCAUCGUCAACCCUCUAGAGACCCAAGCUCCAACCACACAGGAGCAUGAAGAUUGGGCAAAUGUUGUAGAAACUUUUCCGGCAAUCAACAUCUCAACUAUUAAAACGAGGAAGUCCGAAAUUGCAACGAUGCCGUCAACUAUAAGCACACCAACGCAGCUCUCAACAGGAACCGCCAACCAACUAGAGUUUCUACAGGACAGAAUUCUAGAAUUCAACGCAAUCGACGAAGAACUGAGGGAAUUAAGGCCAUGAUCAACAACGCUCAUAUUUCUCGUGAGACGGUGGACCACCUGAUAAGCACCGCCAGGAUUCCCAAAGAAGAUUUGGGCGAUCAAUUCGUUUUUCACUUGCUCAAACGAUCAAUGGAGGCUGAUACUCGCACCACGUGGGAACAGAGGCUGGGAACAUCAACGAAUUUCAUACCUCUGCAGGAGUUAGUCAACUUCCUGGAGUCAACAGCAAGAGGCAUGACUCCAGAUGAUCAACACGAACCAACGGUUCAUCAACGGCCAAAAGAGAAAAUUCAACGUGGAAAAUCACCACCUCGAGCACGCGUUUAUCAUACCGCCGAAGCAACAGUUCAACGAAAGGAACCUCAGCAUAUUAAGCCUGCUGAUUGCUGUGGCCUCUCAGCGCAGAGAAAACUAGAGCAUCUGUCAACAACACGACUAUGCUACAACUGCUUCGGUACACACCUGGUGACGAGAUGCAAGUGCACUAAAUCUUGCAUGAAAUGUCAACACAGGCACCACACGCUGUUGCACAUGGACCCAACAGACAGAGAGAGACCAACGACAUCGACAAUCAACAGCGGUCCAGAGCAACCAUCAACGAGUGCGGAAUCAGGUUUGAGUGUUUGAUUUAUUAUAAUUUUCAUUCAUCACUCAGAUCAUUGAUCCUCACUCGUUUUCAACAGGUCGUCCAACAUCAACUCAGUCAACUAGAUCCAACGAGAAUUCAACAGAUUCAACGGCUAACAAGAGGAUUUACGCCCCCCU